AUGAGCAGUCCUGUCUCUUUCGUUAUAAAAAAAACGACUGCCGACCAUGACUCAGGUUAAUGGGAAGCCUCAAAUUUAUCAUUAUAAAGUGAAAGUUUUUGAGCGUACAUUAGGACUUUGGGACAACAGGCCAUCAACAGGCUCCAUCUCUAAUCCAAUCCGUUCUUGUUUACGGUCAAGCUGCGUAAAGGGAGCAAUUUGUCUCGUGGCUUUUAAUAACACCGUUUUCGAGUGACGAAUGGGAGAAUUGGACCGAGCUCUUGAAUCAAAAAAGGGAGUCAAGCGACGGCGAGAGCCAAGGAACAAGGACCCAAAAUAAGAGCGAAGGUUGGAAGAAGGAAGCGCUUUCCAUUUGGUCUUUUCUUCUGCGUUCUUCUCUGUUUUCUGUGUAAGCCACAUAACAGUGGUUUCAUGCCGAGGAUCCCUUCCAAAGGCGUAUUAACAUUAAGCACUCUAUUGAGCUUGGCUCCACUUCCAAGAGGGUCUUGGAACGUGAUGGAACCCCACAAUGAGGAAUGAAUAGAGUGAGUGAGUGACGUUAUUUGACUACAUGUUGAUACAGUCGGAAGAGUUACACAACCUCGUUGAAGGCCAGAGCUUCAAGUGAAGAUGAAGGCUGAAGGAAGAUUCCCGAGGAUAUGAGGAUCCACGGAAGGCUCUUUGCCAGGGAUUUCGGCGGAAUCGCCUUUCUUCUAAGUCUGUGGGUGACAACCAGUUGGUCUUUGCUGUUCGAUCAGAUCGAACGUCGAGAGGAUCUUCUCAACCGAAUUCAUGAUAUUACCACCAACAAUAUUGGAACUCGAUGCCACCAGAAGCGCUUCCAGUUGGUCCAUUUUCCCAUCUCGAUCAAGGAACUCUCGACACGUCCGGACGAUUUCGUUCUCAUGUCACGCUUUCUUGGGCAUGGUCCAUAUUUAUUGAAGGACGAGGCCCUUCUCCGAUCCAUGCUCAAAAUAUUGCUUUUGGAAGAUGAUCAUGUCGACAAGGUCCAUGUCGUUCUUUUCGACAGCCAAAAGGCCAUUUCAGCGACUAGGAGUUCCGAACCUAAUAAUCCGAACAAAAUCCAUUUCGAGGAUAAACCUCUCAACGAUGAUCUGAGAUCAAUGCCUUGGUUUAUCGAUAGAUCUGCUUCCUAUUCUUGGCUGUCGGACAACUUCAUCUUAGACAGACGGUUAUCUAAGCAUGGAGUCAAUCCCCACUCCAGAUCCAGAAAUGUUUCCAAUUGGUGGACUUAUCCCUAUUUCUCGUGUCAAAAGGUCGCCUGGUCAAUCUCCUUCAUUGCUCCCAUCGAUCCGACCACUUUGAUCCACAAUGCAAGUGGUUUAAUAGUCUUUGAUCGACUUUUGUCUGGCUUGGAUCUCAAUCAAUGUGGGAUGGAAACGGCUUCCGGGGAUCAUCGCUGGAAUCUGAUGGAUUCCAAGCCGUUGCAUGAUGAAGAUGAAAAAGCAGAACGUGAGAAUGCUGAGGAUCAUUCGGUUCCCGGGACAUCUGGGCGGGUGAUUAAUCACUUCCAUGGAACUCAUAAAUGUCACAGAGACACCAGCACGUGCUCUUUCGAUCCGGGUCACGGAUGGACUCGAGGUGGAUACUUUUGCCGAUGCAAAUCGGGCUUCUUUGGCGCAACGGGAAGCCUGUCCUUCAAUGGGAGCUUGGUGGAAGUGGCAUGGAAUGACAAAUUGCAUGAAGGCUCGGAUGCUUUCGAUCUUCUAUACCGAUGCCAGCCUUGUGCCGAAGGCUGCGCCACCUGCUUGGAUGCCUCGCCUUGCUUGGCUUAUUACAACUGGAUGUUCCGGUGGGUCCUCCUUGUCAUCUCUAUUCUGUGUGUCUUUCUCAGCCUCAUCUUCAUUCCCCUUGUGUUCAAAUUUCGGAAGUACAAAGUCUUCAAACUCGCUAGCCCCAUGUUCCUCAGCAUAACCCUGGUUGGCUGUGCCAUCAUGUACUUGGAGAUGGUGGCAAUCUUUCCGUACUUGAACAUGCCGACUUGCAUAGCAACGAAAUGGACCAGGAACAUGGGCUUCCUGGUCACCUACAGCGCUCUUCUCAUGAAAACAUGGAGAGUUAGUUUGACGUAUCGCGUAAAAUCGGCACACAAGCUCAAACUCACGGAUAACCAAUUACUCCAAUGGUUCUUCCCCAUCCUUUUGGUUAUGGUCAUUUAUCUUUGCUCGUGGACCGUCAGUGAUCCACCGCAGGCUGUGUUUAUCAAGGACUCGCAUGGUCUCAAAUUCAAACAAUGUCACUUUGGUUGGUGGGAUGGGAUCCUCUCCACAGGCGAAUUAGUCUUCCUUCUCUGGGGAGUACGGGUUUGCGUCAGUGUCCGGAAGGCUCGGACCCAUUUUGGCGAGGCCAAACUCAUCCGAUGGUCCAUCUAUAACAUAGCCACCGUCAAUUUGGUGAUGGUUUCCAUCCAUGUACUUCUGUUCCCUCACGCUGGACCGGAUAUGAAAUACUUCUUGGGAUUCUUACGAACCCAGAUGAGCACGAGCACCACCAUUAUUUUGGUUCUGGGAACCAAGUUCUGGCGCGUGGCCAAGGGGACUGCUAAUGACCUGGACGACCAACUCCGCGCCAAAGGCAAUUCGGCCUGUAUGUUCAGUAUUCCAGUGGAAGAUCAACACGACGAGCCUAAGGAUCUAAGCUUAGAAAACGAGGAAUUAAAGGAGGAGAUCCAGAAAUUGGCCUCGCAAAUCCAGUAUCUCAGAAUUGUGGGGAUGCUGACGGCCAAUUUUCAUAUCAAGAACAAGAAAGAGGGCUAUUUUUCCGAAGAAAAUGCAACCAAGUUGUUCCAGCAGAACCUGGAAACUUGCCUCCAGAACGGGUCCCUGUCCAUGGCCAGCAUUCAUCGAACCCUCUCCCUCAAUCAGUCCCUAGGGGGCCCGGCCCAUCGUAAUCAUCGACCCCACCCCAAGUUGCGAGCCUCCAGUUCGUGCUCGGUCCAAGUUCACAAGUUCCAAGCGGAUAAUCGACGAUCUCUGGGAACGUUUGCUCCGCCAAAUCGAGGUCUGCCGGGUGAUCCAUCAGGGCGGGUCGAGAACAUGGAUGGGUCGUCCCAGCCAAUACCAAUCAGGUCAGUCUCGAUCGGCGACCCUGCUGCGGCUCCCCGGUUCAUCUCGUCCCAAUUCGAGAGAGCCGGGAACCCUUUGGAACCGAGUGUGGAAACCUAUCUGGUCACCUCGCCCUCGGGCAGGGUCAUGGCGUCCCCUUUGGAAUUGAUGGCUCAUCAAGAUGGAAAAGGAAGCAGGCCAACCUUGGUGCAUUUAAAGAAGGAGACGUGUCCAAACUUGAUCCAGGAGGGCAAGAAUGUGUAGAAGGAACCAGAGGGCAGUUUGGGCAUCGCGGUGCUUAUUAUCAAUAAUAUCCCAUUUCUAGUCAACACCAACGACAAGUUUUCAAAUAUACUUCUUUCCAUGUGGUGGAAGCAAGGUUUUAGGAAAGACUCUCAAUGCUUUUUUUUAACUUUUAUGACCGUGGAACUCCUCCCCACAAAAAAAAGAAGUGUGGGUGAGAAGGCUAUCCAGGAUUGAUUCUGUUCAAGUACCCAUUUGGUGCAGGAAAUUUAAUGAAAACGUCAACUAUUAAAGCGUUUGUUUUCCAAUUGGUCAAAGAACGACCUUGUCUCCAAUUUCCGGCUAUCAAUUGACACUUUAUAGUUGUUAGCUCUUUUUUUAUUGGCCUAGGCAUUG